GAUAGAAAUCGAAAAUAACCGCCAAUCUGGGAUUCCGUUCCGAAUUUCAAAGCAUGGAUUUUUCAUUUUCGUUACAACGGUAUUGGUAUCAGGGUUCUUUGGGAUGAGCAACCAGAAUAUACGUACAAAUGGACUCUGUAUAUGAAGGAAAAGUUUGUGGCCUGUGUGGAAAUUACGAUCAAGACAGCAACAAUGAUUUCGAGACUCCAACAAAUGACAUUGUUGCAAGUUCAGUGGAAUUCGGCAACAGUUGGAGAUUGAAGACAUCUUGUCCUCCGACCACGGCGUCUGUACUGGACAUGUGUGAUAAAUAUCCCUCUCGACGAUCGUGGGCAGAAAGACAAUGUUCAAUAAUACUUAGUGAUAUAUUUGCGGAUUGUCAUUCGGAGGUUGAUCGCGGCCCUUAUUAUGCAGAUUGUUUAAGUGAUACAUGCGGAUGUGAAGCAGGAGGUGACUGUGAAUGCUUCUGUACAGCAGUUGCCUCUUAUGCUCACGCUUGUGGAAUGAAAGGACACCACAUCGAAUGGAGAUCACCAAGCACAUGCCCUACAAUGUGUGAACAAUAUAACAAGAAUGAUACUUGUGAAUGGAGAUUUGAAACUUGUGGAACUGCAUGUCCUGAUACAUGUUGUCAUAUCAAUGAACCAUGUGGUUUACCUUGUGUUGAAGGUUGCUUUCCAAAUUGUCCUUUCAAUCAUGUAUUUGAUGAGAUCAAGCAAUCAUGUAUAUCUGUUUCUGAAUGUCCUACAUGCCCUGUGCCAACGACUGCUGUUACAACAACAGCAACAACAAUCUUUACAUCAAAGGCAACUACACAAAGGUCGCAACAACAACUGCUACUACAGUCACCACCCCGUGCCUGCCUUGCCUUGAUAGAGACGGAAAUGUUAAAAAUCUUGGUGAUGUGUGGGAUGUUGAUGAAUGCCUCAGUGAAAGUUGUACUCAUUAUGAAGAAGAAUGUCCAAAAGUGCGUGAUGCUGUAAAUAACAGGACAUUAUGUACAGGCGAACCAGAAUGUCCCAUCUACAAAAAGUCAGAGAUUAUUACUUAUGAGUUGGGAGAAACAGAUCCAGAUGUAUGCUGUGACGAAUAUGAAUGUGUGUGUGAUGAAGUUGAAGUGGCUAAAUGCCUCGAGAAGGAGGAAACCUUCAACUGUUCGAACCGAGAAGAGAGAGAAUAUGUAGGGUUUUAUCCUGGAACCUCUGAAUGCUGUCCGGAUUAUAAAUGUG